AAACCACUCUGUCCAACCAAAAUCCAAACGUAACGCAACACAUUUGAUCUUCCAACUAUGUAACCAACCAAACCCUCUUUUCUUCAACUUUCCACUCUCUCUUUCCCUCAACAAUAACAUCAACAAGCUCAUUCCUCAAACACUGCAAAGCAAAACCACAACGCUUCAUCAAUCAAAACCCCCAUUUUCAAAUCACAUUAAAUUCAUAUGAGUUUAUCCAUCUACCCUGUUUCUCCCAAUUUCGAUUCCCUCUUCAUCUAAAUUAUAUAUAUAAAAAAAAAACCAAUUUUAUUUAUUUUUCUACAAAUUAUUAUUAUUAUUGCAUCGAUUCUUUUACUCCUCGGAUUUUCGGAAAGAACCAAAAAAACAAUAAGACACGAUGAGAGGGCAGCAAGAUCAACAAUCUAGGGUUUUUUGCGAGCUGUCGGCUCUCGUUUUCAACCUUCUCCGGUCACCGGCUCUCGUGGUGGGGUCGCCUUCGAGGCGUUCGUCGUCGGCGGGUCAGAUAACGCCGGCGGGGUUCGCGUCGCUGCUUUUGGGGAUUUCGGUGGCUCUGAUGCUGUGUGGAUCGGUUACUUUCUUCAUCGGGUUUAUGCUUAUGCCUUGGGUUCUUGGAUUGGUGAUGGUGUUCUACGUUGCUGGGAUCCUCUCCUCUCUCUCCGUUCUUGGACGUUCCAUUCUUUGUUACGCUACGCCGCGCAAGGAUCUUCCUGAGUGGAAACUUCUAUGAAAAGAUUUAUAAUGGAAUUGACCAGUUCGAUACUGGUUUUGUGCCUGCUCAUGCAGCCUGUAGAAUUAUGAAGAUUAGGGAACUUCUCUCACAAGAAGCAGGAAUCGUGGGUUUUGUCAAGAGUAUCAAAAUUUGUGGAUAUGGCCUCUUAUAAUUACAAUUAUCGAAGUUCUGAAUCACUAAGAAUCGAGGAGUUGUUCCCAGCUACUGCCCUUUGCUGUCAAUUGUUUUUUUUAAUCUUCAUAAUAACUUUUGUAAAUUUUGAAUUAUAGGCUUCUGAAUAUCUUUUUUUAUUUUUUUCCAUAUCUAAACGUGGUGUAUAUUCUAUAAAAAGUGAUGGAAAAUAUUAUCUAACUCAGUCGAGAACAUGGAUGUACUUGAGCAAGGAGCAAAUUUCGGAUCCGAUGGUUGCUCUAGAUAAAGAGAUAAAGAAUCCAAAAUGUUCUUUUCU